AUGUCCUCCACCGGUUCCAAAAUCAUCAACGGGGUCAAAACCUUCAUUCCCCUCGAAAACAACCCCCAAGUCCACACCCACCUCUCCACCACCCUCUCCAUCCAAAACCUCACCUUCCACGACAUCCACACCAUCCCCCCGGACUCCCCCACCUCAACCUCCCACCCAAUCAACGCCCUAAUCUUCCUCGUCGCCCACGCAAUCUACAAACCCGCCCGCUCAACCCUCGAAUCCACCCUCCCAAAAUACACCUCUUCCAAACCGAACGACCCAAUCUGGAUCCCGCAGACAAUCGGACACGCAUGCGGCCUCAUGGCGUUCCUGCACUGCGUGCUCAAUCUGGAUGGCGGGGCGCAUAUUGCGGCGGGGUCGCCGUUGUCAAGGCUACGGGAGGAGUUGAUCCCGCUUGCGCCCGAGGACAGGGCGAGGGUGGUUUAUGACUCGGGGUUCCUGGAAGAGGCGCAUAUGGAGGCGGCUAGGGGGGGUAGUUCGAGGGUGCCGGAUCCAGCGGAGGAUAAUGGGUUUCAUUUUGUGGGGUUUGUGAAGGGGGAGGAUGGGCGGGUUUGGGAGUUGAAUGGGGGGAUGCCGGGGCCUUUCGAGAGGGGGGUGCUGGGGAAGGGGGAGGAUUUGGUUUCAGAUGCUGGGUUGAGGUUGACGGUUGGGGAGUUUAUGGAGGCUGCGAGGGGGGUGGAGGGGGGUGGACUCGGGGUUUUGGGGGUUUCGUUGGUGGGUUUGGUUGGGGUGUGAAGCUGGGGGUGAUGGAUAUACUCCGCACGCAGAUAUGGGAAAGAGUGUAAUGGCUGUGGUGUUUGUUGGCAGAAGCCUAUUAUUAUCAUAUCAUAGCGAACGUGCUACAGAUGGAGAGCAAGAUCAAUUCGUAAAUCAAUGGCAUUCAACUAGCAUACUAAGUAAGACGCUGAUACGCAGCACUACAAGGAUUGAGUACAAGAAUGUUUCAGAUCGUCAAUGGAUGUUUGCCAUCUCAGCAGAGCUGCAGGACACGCAUCUAGUACGUCACUGAUUGGAGAAAUCUCCAUUCGAUAUCAGCACUUCUUCGGCACAACCACAGCCAUGAAAGGGCUAGAUUGCAAUUUGACAUCCGUGCUAGUUGGUUCGACACUGUUCUCACGCAGCAAGUAGGUAGCGGUAAGCAGAAAGGACAAGGAAAGGAGGAAGAUAUUAUCGUUAUUACUUAAGCGUAUAGCGGAAUGGCAGGAAGGGUAAUAUAAACAAUUCCAUCCGCAGUCAUC